CACCGAAGAGCUGUCUGAAGCGAUACAUAUAUCGCACACAUUCCACAUGGCAUCACCUACCGCUUCCUGACACAAGGCACUCUGAACGGGAGUGUUAUCGCCUCAGCUAUGUCCAGCUACACCGAGGCCUGGUUGAGCGGCCCCUCCGGCACCCAGUUCUACACCCGCACGUACGCCGCACAGGACUCGCAGGCCGUGCUCGUCUUUGUGCAUGGCGCUGCCGAGCACACAGGGCGAUACACCGACACGCACGCGCUCUUCGCCCGUAACGGUGUCACGGUCUUCGCGUAUGACCAGCGCGGGUUCGGGCGCACGGCGCUCGAUGCGGAGCACAAGAGCAAGGACAGUGCGUACGGCAGAAACGGGUUUGUCCCGCAGCGCGAGGACGCGGAAUGGGCGGUGCAGCACGCUCAUGGCGCGUUCUCGGGGCUUCCUGUAUUCCUCAUGGGAUUCUCAAUGGGCGGUACGCUGAUCUUUAGCUUGGUGACGCGUCCACCGCCUUCCUCAGCGAGUUCGACGGCGAAGCUCUUGUCCGGCAUCAUUGGCUCUGCACCGACUAUUCACCUCACCAAGCCUCCUCCGAAGCCCGCACUGUGGGUGGCUAAUGCGGUUAGCGCCGUCGCGCCUUACACGCUCAUACCUGUCAAGAACAAGACAGAGGACCUGUCCCGCAAUGAAUCCACAAACGAGGCAUAUGUGAAAGAUCCAUAUGUUGGCACACCGGGAAGCUUACGAGGAGUUGGCGACCUCAUCUCUGGAGGUGCACGUCUUCUCACGAAAGACUACGCUAAUUUCCCGCCAGAUCUACCGGUCCUGGUCCUGCAAGGGACCGAGGAUCAGGUCUCAAACCCUCCUUCGACAGAGGCGUUCUAUAACAAGCUUCCAGCAACCGACAAGCAACUGGUGAUGUACAAGGGCGGUUGUCACGAACUGCACAAUGAACCGGAUGGUAUCAAGGAGCAAUGGUUGGAAGAAUGCAUUCAGUUCAUCAAGUCUCAUCUUGGAAGCAGCGCUCGAUGAACCCCGAAGUUAUCACGUGGAGGCUGCCUUUGAUUAAUUAUUCGGCGACCCUGUAACCUUGUCGUUUCUCUGUUCUUGCUUUCAUGUAUUUAUUUCCAUUGC